AUGUCACAAGAACAAAAGAAGGAAGAAUUUUUCAAGCCAGUCGGUGAAGCCGCCCAAGAGGUUCAACAAGAAGUUAACGCAGAUGAAUCUGAUGUGAAACUUACGGGGGCUGCUGACGCCAUGGGCCACCCAGUGCAAGAGAUCGAAUCUCUAUGUAUGAACUGUGGUAAGAAUGGUACCACUCGUCUUUUAUUGACCUCGAUUCCUUACUUCAGGGAGAUUAUUUUGAUGUCCUUCGAAUGUCCUCAUUGUGGGUUGAGAAAUUCUGAAAUUCAACCAGCUUCUGAAAUCCAGGAAAAGGGUUCUAAAUAUCUCUUAAAAGUGGAAAAUAAGGAAGAUUUCAACAGACAAGUAAUUAAAUCUGAAACUGCUUCCUGUAAGUUUUUAGAAUUAGAUAUGGAAAUUCCACCAAAGAGGGGGCAAUUAACCACUGUGGAAGGUUUAUUAUCUGAAAUGAUUGACGAUUUGGAAUCUGAUCAAGAAAUGAGAAAGAAGAUUGAUGAGAAAUUGUAUGACCAAAUUGCUACAUUCAUUAACAAAGUGAAGAGUUUCAUUAAUUGUGAAGAGGGAACUCUACCUUUAACAUUUAUUUUGGAUGAUCCAGCUGGAAACUCCUGGAUCGAAUACAAGCCAGGUGAACCACAACAUAAAUGGUCUCAUACCCAAUAUGUUAGAUCAGAUGAACAAAAUGUACAAGUGGGGAUCUUAACCAGAGAUCAAUUGGAACAACGUCGUAGAGACAAGUUGGCUGAAUUAUCCAAUCGUGAAAGAAACCCAUCUGAAUCUGUUAAGGUGGGGACUGCAGCUGCAGCUGCUGAAGAAGCUAAAGGUGAGAAAUAUAUUUCAGAUGCUACUGACAUUGAAAACUAUGCUAAUGAAGUGCAAACAUUUAGAGCAUCUUGUCCAUCAUGUAUGUCUGAAUGUGAAACCCAUAUGAAGCCUGUUAAUAUACCUCAUUUCAAAGAAGUUAUUAUUAUGUCCACUGUAUGUGACAAAUGUGGGUAUAAAUCAAAUGAAGUUAAAACUGGUGGUGCCAUUCCUGAAAAAGGUAGAAAGAUCACUCUAUAUUGUGAUGACCCAGCUGAUUUAUCUCGUGAUGUUUUGAAAUCUGAAUCAUGUUCUAUGACCAUCCCUGAAUUGCAUUUGGAUAUUCAAGAAGGUACCCUAGGUGGUAGAUUUACCACCUUAGAAGGUUUAAUGAGACAAGUUUACGAAGAAUUAGAAUCUCGUGUUUUCUCUCAAACUUCUGAUUCAAUGGAUCAAGCCACCAAAGAUCGUUGGGUUGCCUUUUUCCAAAGACUUCAAGAUGCCCUAGCUGGGAAAGUUAAAUUUACCGUGAUAAUGGAAGAUCCAUUGGCUGGUUCAUAUAUUCAAAAUGUCUAUGCACCAGACCCAGAUCCAAAUAUGACCAUCGAAGAUUACGAAAGAACUAAACAACAAAAUGAAGACCUUGGUUUAGCUGAUAUGAAGGUUUAA